UCCCAUAGGGAAAUGGAGAGACGGAGCCUGCUCUGCGUCUCCGCCUGAAAGUGGCGGGAGGCGGAGAAGAUGUCACUUAACUUGGAUCAUGAAGAUUUCGUUUUGGAAGAGAAUAAAUUCAAGCAAUAUUGUGCAGAAUUUAUCAAGCACUCGGAACAAAUAGGAGACGGUUGGCAGUGGAGAGAUGUAAAGGACUCUGCUGAUGGUUAUAUGAGUAAAACACACUUGCAACAAAAACGUGGAGGCAUCCCUUCGGAAAUAGGGGAGAUAGUGACUGAUGAAAUAACAUUUACACAUAUUGAGGAAAGUCCGGAUGACUCCCAAGCAGCUGAGAUCUCUGCUACUUCAGAGGUGAUUCGCUAUGAAUACCAUGUUUUGUACUCCAGCAGUUACCAAGCUCCUGCACUUUAUUUUAGGGCAGGCUUUUUAGAUGGAAGGCCUUUAACUCUGGAUGAAAUAUGGAAAGGUGUACAUGAAUGCUACAGGGAGCGCCUGCAGCAGGGGCCCUGGGACACCAUUACACAACAGGAACAUCCAUUACUUGGCCAGCCUUUCUUUGUACUUCAUCCCUGCCGGACAAAUGAAUUUAUGGCUUCAGUAUUAUCCAGUUCACAUAAACAAAACAAGAGUACAAACUACAUUAUCUCGUGGCUGAGUAUUGUAGGCCCAGUAGUGGGUCUCAAUCUACCUCUGAGUUAUGCAAAAGCCAAUUCUGAGCACAGCACAAAUACUGAUUGAAGAGAUUCUGUACAGAAGCACAGAUAAUGGUGAAAUAUAAAGGUUUCACACCAGUACUAUAGUUCAUCUCAUACAUGAAGCUAAGAACAUCAUCCAGUCUGACAAGCUGUUGAAAUUACCACAAGAGUCCUCAGUGGAGGCCACGUUUCAAUGAUGUGUCUUAUGAUAAUCAAGCCUAGGAAUUGGUUCUAAUUGGAACAAGGAUGAUGCAGAGUCCCAUCAGGAAGCAAAUGUUGAUUCAUGUGAUAGUUUGUUGAGCUAAUGAUAAGUGGAAAAGUCCCCAAAUCGAUAGAAUGACUGAUAUGGGGCAACUUAUUCAGCCCAGCAUAGUCUGCCUCAGUCUUCCCCAACUUGGUGCCCUCCAAAUGUGUUGAACUACAGCUCCUAGCAUCCUUAGCCAGCCAUACUAGCUAAGGAUGCUGGAAAUUAUAGUCUUAACACAUCUGGAGGGCACAGUCUUGGGGAAGGCUGAUGUAGAUAAAGACAAUGUAAGCAACUGCUACAGGGAAUUCAAGCCUACAGUAAUAACGAGCUUCUCUCCACCUUUACUGCUAUUCUAGCUUAAGGAAUCUUAUGAAAUGGAAUAAUGUUGUGCAAGUUGUUCCCUUGCUGCUGUUUUGGCUUAGCAAGGCCUAUUAGCAAAAUUGAGCAGUUAGAUAUACACAGAUUGCUUCACAAAUAACAGAACACAUUUCUCUUGGGGAGUGAGCAUGAAACUGCUGCGUUGAUCUUCAUGUGCAAUGAUUAAGCACACGUGUAUAGGCUACAUGUACCACAUGCUGGAAAGCUGCAAUUGGCCAUUGUUUCCCAUCCAGUGGGAACACAGUAAUAUAUAUGCAGCAGUGCACACGUUUGACUUGGGACCAAAGUGGAUCUGACCAAUAAUAGUCUCUAUAUUACGUGUGUGUGUCUGCACACACAUACAGUAUAUACAUACAUUCACACACACACAUUUGUAUAGCUUAUUCAGAGGGUUAAUUUAUUAAACCAAUUAGCAAAAAAUUGCCAGGUUUUAAUUUCAUUUACUACCAUUUAAAUUGGUCACUGCUCCAUUAAUGUCACUCAUUUUGCUGAGAUGCAUCAUAAUAUGGAUGUACUUUACACAUAGUUUUUUCCCUGUUAGAAUAAUAUGUUGUAGACAGCCUACACACAAAAUCAGUCUGUAUUUGUUACUGCAUUGAGUAGGUGUCAGUUAAUAGACUAAGGGAUCAUAAGGAUGACUGAGUAUUCCAAUGUUGUCUUGUUAAGAUUAAAAGUAGAUUCCCAGAUGCUCAAUAACUGUUACGAAUUCAAUAGUUAGAAUGGAAUACAUGGCAGUAGCUUUCUUCAUAAUCUUAGGAAAUGCUUUAACUUCCUCUUGAGGCAAUUUUUAGCAGUUUACACGGAUACUUUGGAUUGUAAAAGUUUUAGUUUAUGAGUAAAGACCAUAUCUUACAUUCAGCUAGGUAAAUUUCUAAUAUUCAAGUAGAUUUCACAUGAUUAAUAUUGAUGACACCAGAGUAAGAAACAGUACACUGCAUGUAACAUCCAUGUCAGCCAGUUCUGAGUCUUUCUACACAAGUUUUUUAUUUUAAUUUUAUAUGUUUCGCUGAUAGAACCAAAUUAAAUGUAAAGUCAAAUAUUAAAGUAUGCUAUUUUAAAUAUGAAAAGGAGAAAUGUACUUUUUAAAGUAUCAGAUAUUCUACU